AUGUCCCCGACACAGACGUCAAAGCAGGCAUACUACCCUGCCGACUACUCAGGAAGCGUCUUGUCCAAUCCCAUAUCUGAUGAGCAGCUGUACAGCAUGCCGCCAUCUCCACGGCCGAGACACCAACCUCUGUCAUACCGACGAAGUCCUGGGCCCGUAUCGCAGAGACGGAGGCGCAGCCGGGAUCAUGACAGUCUUAUCGCAAUGGGAUCAUGGACGAGCCAAAGCAUUCGCGAUGAAGAACCAUGUGCAAGAUACGGUCGUGAAAGAUGUAGCAGUAGCCUCCACGACGGCGACUUUUUGGCCAAGAAUACGCCGUAUGAUGAUUUCAUUCUCUUCCCUGACGGUGCUGAAAAUGACAUAUACGAGGACUUCGCAUCGCCCGCUCAAUCAUCAUCAGCUCCCAGGGCUCCCCGCAUCACCAGGCUCCGCACACCAGACCUGGCGCCGCUGUCGACGGAUGUCCAAUUCUUCCCCUGCCUCGGCGAUGAAGCUGAGCGAGACAGGAUUAAUGAGGCUUGGUACAUUGCCAGUCGGGAGAGGGUUGCGUCACAAUUGGAUGAUGCCUUGGCUUACAUGGCGGCCGUGGAGGGGCGCAGUCGCACACGAAGAGGGUAA